GUGCGCGCUCCCGACACCAGCGGGCGCGCUUCGGGCGGAGACGCGACGCCGGCGGGGGCCGGGCGGGAGUUCUGCUCCCGGAAAGGAGCGGAGCCUCCAGGAAGCCGGGGGACUCCUCGCCGCCGUGGCCGGGAUGCCGCCCGCUCGCGGAGCCCCGCUCCCGGGAGCCCCGGCCUGCCGAGCAGGAGGGCUCUAACUCCUUGAGGACCCCAACAUUGUUUCUGUAAUUGUGUGUGAGAAGGACUGACUCCCAGAACAUUGCUUGGUCGCUCACCUUUCAGUAUGGGGAGGAUCGGCAUCUCGUGUCUUUUUCCUGCUUCUUGGCAUUUUAGCAUCUCUCCAGUGGGGUGUCCUCGAAUUCUGAAUACCAAUUUACGCCAAAUUAUUGUCAUUAGUGUCCUGGCUGCUGCUGUUUCACUUUUAUACUUUUCUGUUGUCAUAAUCCGAAAUAAGUAUGGGCGGCUAUCCAGAGACAAGAAAUUUCAAAGGUACUUGGCACGAGUUACUGACAUCGAAGCUACAGACACCAAUAACCCCAAUGUGAACUACGGGAUCGUGGUGGACUGUGGCAGCAGUGGGUCUCGAGUAUUUGUCUACUGCUGGCCAAGGCAUAACGGCAAUCCGCAUGAUCUGCUGGAUAUCAGGCAAAUGAGGGAUAAAAACCGAAAGCCAGUGGUCAUGAAAAUAAAACCUGGCAUUUCAGAAUUUGCUACCUCUCCAGAGAAAGUCAGUGAUUACAUUUCUCCACUUUUGAACUUUGCUGCAGAACAUGUGCCACGGGCAAAACACAAAGAGACACCGCUCUACAUUCUCUGCACAGCUGGAAUGAGAAUCCUUCCGGAAAGCCAGCAGAAGGCCAUUCUGGAAGAUCUUCUGACCGAUAUCCCCGUGCACUUUGACUUUCUGUUUUCUGACUCUCAUGCAGAAGUAAUUUCAGGGAAACAGGAAGGUGUCUAUGCUUGGAUUGGCAUUAAUUUUGUACUUGGACGAUUUGAGCAUAUUGAAGAUGAUGAUGAGGCAGUUGUGGAAGUUAACAUUCCUGGUAGCGAAAGCAGCGAAGCCAUUGUCCGUAAAAGAACAGCGGGCAUUCUUGACAUGGGAGGCGUGUCAACUCAGAUAGCAUACGAAGUCCCCAAAACUGUAAGCUUUGCCUCCUCACAGCAGGAGGAAGUAGCUAAGAACUUGCUAGCCGAAUUUAACUUGGGAUGUGAUGUUCACCAAACUGAGCAUGUGUACCGAGUCUAUGUGGCCACAUUCCUUGGAUUUGGUGGCAAUGCUGCUCGACAGAGAUACGAAGACAGAAUAUUUGCCAACACAGUUCAAAAAAACAGGCUCCUGGGUAAACAGACUGGUCUGACGCCUGAUGCUCCAUACCUGGAUCCCUGCCUACCCCUAGACAUUAAAGAUGAAAUCCAGCAAAACGGACAGACCAUAUACCUACGAGGGACUGGAGACUUUGACCUUUGUCGAGAGACUAUCCAGCCAUUCAUGAAUAAAACAAACGAGACACAGACUUCCCUCAAUGGGGUCUACCAGCCCCCAAUUCAUUUCCAGAACAGUGAAUUCUAUGGCUUUUCUGAAUUCUACUACUGCACCGAGGAUGUGUUACGCAUGGGGGGAGACUAUAUUGCUGCUAAAUUUACUAAAGCUGCAAAGGAUUAUUGUGCAACAAAGUGGUCAAUCUUACGGGAACGCUUUGACCGAGGACUGUAUGCCUCUCACGCUGACCUCCAUAGGCUUAAGUAUCAGUGCUUCAAAUCCGCCUGGAUGUUUGAAGUGUUCCAUAGGGGCUUUUCGUUUCCUGUCAACUAUAAAAACUUAAAGACUGCCUUGCAAGUUUACGACAAGGAGGUUCAGUGGACCCUGGGAGCAAUCCUUUACAGGACCCGCUUUUUACCCUUAAGAGACAUCCAGCAGGAGGCUUUCCGGGCCAGUCACGCUCACUGGCGGGGCGUCUCCUUUGUCUACAAUCACUACCUGUUCUCUGGCUGCUUCCUGGUGGUCCUGCUGGCCAUCCUGCUCUACCUGCUGCGGCUCCGGCGCAUCCACAAGCGCACUGUGCGCCCCGGCUCUGCCGCCGCGCUCUGGAUGGAGGAAGGCCUCCCCUCCCAGAAGGCCGCCGGCGCCUUAUGAACCACAGUUAGAUGCUCCAGGAAGACUCUCAAGGAAAAGCCAUUUUUGCCUCAGGGUUUCUCCUCUUUAUUUUCCUAUGGUUUUGUUUUUUCUUUCCCUUUUUGUUCCUUAAAACAAAAGCAAAAUCUGAUGUUUGUAAGCCUUGCUGUCCAUUUAGCUGUUUGAUUGCAGCUUUAAAUUAAGGAACAGGGAAAAGGGAAAUUCACUUGAUUUUUGCAGCGUGGGACAUCUGCCAAAAACUAACACGAUUUUGGGGUUUUCUUUAAGGUACGUUAAAUUUUAAAUAAUGCACUUUGAUAUCGUAGGGAUGUGGAAGUGGUGCAUUCUGUCUGUGGAGACAGGACAGAAGAGUGAUGCUUUAAGAGAACCAAAAAACGUAUUGACUGAAAUUAUAAUCUUUUUCCUCUAUCUUGAAAGCUCUAAACUAAAGAGGGUGAUGUUUA